AUUUUAUCAUCAAGUUGCAUCGUUAUUUUCGUGGAAAUUGUGUUUGUUUUAUUGUUUGUAGAAAUUUUAACAAAAAUAUUAAAGAUUUAUAUACAUUUUAAUUGAUUUAACAAAUCAGUUACAUGUUAUUUUAUUUGGACAAGUAUUUUGUAAUCCCUAACCAUGGAUUACAAUGAUGAUUUUAGUCCGCGAAGACUAGAACAGGAAACAACUGCCCUCAAGCAACGCCACCAACAUCACAAUGAUAAAGAAGAUGCUGAAAAUCAUUUGGUGGGAAAUUUUCAACAUGCUCUUCUCGAGGAGAAUGCCAAUAAUGAAUGGCGUCCAUUAAAUGGUUUACGCCAGCAGGGCAUGUACGAUUAUCAAGAGCAACAAAUACACCAACAACAGCAACAAAACGACGGACAUAUUGCUAAUCACACAGACUAUCAUGACAAUCUGUCUUCGUCUGGACAUUAUGGUAAAACUCAAUCCUCAGAUCAAGGAGGUCACUUUAAUGAUAUACUUAAUAGUAAUAGGCAAAAUAUGGAGGGUUCCCAUAUGAAAAAGAUCACAGCAGGCAAUUCAUACGAAAGCAGCAACAAGUAUGGCCGCAUGCAUAAUUUACCCAUGCUUUCGGAAGACUUGCGCAUCUCCAAAAUCAUACGCCGCCUAAUGAUUGAGAAUAAUCGCAAGGCUGCUAUUGAUCUGUGCAAGAAAUUGGAAACUGCUGUACGCAAUCAAUCAAAUGUUAGUUAUAUCUGUCGUUCAUUUGAUAUUCUAUUCGAUAAUAUGCUGACUGUGCUGCGUCAAUGUCCUUUAGAGUGUUUGGAGAAUGCCAGCUCCAUUUUGGGUAUUAUGGGCUAUAUAAAUCGUUAUGAUUUUGCCGUUUAUAAGGGACACUUGACCAAGGCCUAUGGGAACUAUAAAAAUAUACGAAAAUACUUGAUGAUGGCUUUAAAGACUACUUUAAGAUGUGAUGCGGUUAAUCUGGAUCUAAAAACCUACAGUGAACGACUACUGGGACUACUCAAAGAAUAUCUCGAAAACGCUGAAGUAUCGGAAAAUUUCAUAUCAAUAAGUGAAACUAUUGCAGAAUUUUCUAAAAAUUAUAAAACAUCAUUUCAGCGCCAUUUUACCGAUAUAGUAGAUAUUAUUGUGGGAUGGCAUUUAGAGGUCGAACAGCCAGCAGAACUUAAACGUCACUGCUCCAAAGUGUUACAACAGUUUGCCGAAUAUUUUCUCAAUGAAUUGGAUUUUACUUUUGGUCUUUUAGGUCAAUUUAUAGAAGAUAUAGAGGCUUGUCGCGAAGACAUUUUAACAGAAGAAGAUAGUACGGCGGUAACAAGACAACAAUCCGAAAUACGUGUGGGAUCAUUUAUAGGAGCUUUCACUUCAAUUGUUAAGGCUUUAGCCUCUAAAGGAGUAAAUCUUAAUGAGUUUGAUACAGCUGCCCAUAUUUUAUCGAACGCUAAAGAAGCUGUUAAUAAAGUAGCGAAAAUUUGUUUCGAUAUGAUUCCUCUUUUAAGCGAAGAAACCGUAGUUAAUUUAAAUGAGUUCUAUUGCAUGAUUUUACUCUACGAUAGAAGUGUUGAAAAUUUAAAUGCUUUUGAAACUAUCAUACAGCUGCAACUGAGACAUUUAAGCUCUUUUAAUGACAACCAACAGUCCAGUUUUCUUUAUAUGGUUUUAAAUAUUGUACGGCAAUAUCGCACACAGCUACCGCUAAGUUUUAUAACUCUACUAAUGGGCACCGAUAGUCUAGUACUGCAAGAUAUUAAACUUAGUUGUGGUUUAAAAACUUGUAAAUUAUUAAUGAAAAUCUAUCAUGAAAUGUUGAUAAUAAAAAAUGUUCCGCUGCUGCAAGAAGCCUAUCGUCAUAUACUGGUAGAUGUUAAUAAAACAGUGGCUUCGCUAAAUACCGUCGAAGGUACUGCGGAUUCUAUGAUGAGAUGUGAAAUGUUAUUGAACUUCUAUUUGGCCGCCUUAACAGCUUUGGCUUGUCAGACUUCUUCCAUUAUAGGCAUGUAUGCCUUGAAGCCUUCUAUUUUGGAAUUGCUUAUCAAAAAUUGCCAAGCUUCAAAUUAUGCGCUCUGGAGUAAAUAUCCCACUUUACAUCGAGCCUUAUUGGAAUUAAUCAUAGAUCAUUGUAUGAAAAAUCACAAUUUUCGACAAUCUUCACGUUUACUAAAGCAGCAUCAAGAUUCUCCUUCAUCGGAAAAUUUUGCCAAGAUUUUAAAAUUUCUAGGUGAUUUACUUAAGUGGCAUGUUUCAGAGAAAAUAUUUAAAUGGCUAGAGAAUAUUUUACAAGAAUGCUUGGAAGACUUUGAGGUAUUAAUAAAAAAUAAGGAUUUUCUGCAUAUAUGCGAAAAUAUAACAUUGUCAGCUGUUAAGCAACCUCUCAUGUGCUCAACUAUAAUAGAAUCUUUGCUGACAUAUCCACAGAUACCAGAACGUAUAUUGUCCAAUAUAAGAGAUAUUGCUCUUUGUAUAGUGGAGAGUUCAGAUAAAAAACUAGCAGCUGCUUAUUGUAAAAUUCUGGCACAAUUACCUUUGGAAAUUUGUUUAACACCCAACUACGAUAAACAGUUUUACGGUAAAAAUAAGGAGAAACUUUUUACUUUAUAUCAAUGGCACAAAUCAUCUGCCUGUUUUAAUGGUCUUAGACCUAAAUAUUUUAAAACAUUUUUGGAAUCUUUGGAUCCUAAUACUCACAUAAAUAGUGCUCUCUAUCCUUCAAUAAUUGAAAAGAGUUCGUGUAAUUUACAGCGUGAACAUUUUGUGGAAUAUCUAAAGAGUGUGCAGGACAAUCAACAAUUGCUAUCGUAUCAUUUGCAAUAUGAGGCGGCCCGUUAUUGUGUACAACAUAAAUUGCGUACGACUUUGGGUAAACCUCAAGAAACUUUCCUAGCCAUAGAAGCGGUUAUAAUGAAAUAUGCUCGCUUUUUGGCUGAAAAAGAGGGUUUGCCAUUGUCUUAUAAAAAUCUACAAAAUGUUAUGGAAGUGCAGGAAAAUUGUCGCAUGUUGUUGGGCUUUUUGGAGUGUCUGGAAAAGCAUAUUUAUAAUGCCGCUGAGGGUACAGCCUAUGCUAUGUUACCAGCUGAAAAACCGGCUAAAACAUUCUUUCGCGUUAAUGCUUCCACCUGCAGGGAAUGGUUUAAACGCAUACGGACCGCUGUCAAUUUAAUUUCAAUACAUUGCAUGGAACCAGAAAUGGUGAUACGUUAUUCAGAGAAUAUUUUACAAAUUGAGGCCAAUCAUAGUAACCUGGCUCUACUCGAUCGUACCGUUACUUCUUUAGUGUGGGCUCUUUACAAUUGUGGGGAAUCAGACACGCUUUAUGGCAUAACAACCUGGUUAAAAUCAAAACAUGGCAAACGUUUUGAAUGGAUUCAAUACGUAGCCGAACAUGCCAGUGGUCACUUAGAAAAGGCUGCCACCGGUUACCUUUAUACUCUACAUGAUGAAAAUAACAAAUCGAUGGACUCUUAUAUGAAGGAAUUUAUACAAAAACAAUUAACAGAAUGUUUUUAUCACACAGCCCGUUGGUCAGAGAUACCCGCCAUAACACAAGAAACCAUUUAUUCUAAACAACAUUUACAAAUGAUGGAAAAUGUCUAUCAAUCGGUGGGCUAUCAACAAUAUAACUGGAGAAAUCAAGAAUUAAACACAGCCCUAGUAGAAUUAACCGAAUGGCCCGAGGAGAAAACUAAUUAUACUCCCAAAUUGGAGACUUACUCUUACUAUGAGGUGUUGAGAAAACUACAAGAUUCCUGUUUAAUAAAUGCCAAUUCUACAGAUCUAAAGCAGGGGGUUUAUGAGUCCGUAAGAAACAGUGUACAACAAGGCAUACGUGAGGGUUUAUUACGUAGUUAUGAACCUGGCUUCAAUAAUAACCAACUAAAUGAAUUAAUAAUUCUAAAUCAUAUUACCCAUAAGCUACAUUUACACCAAGAUAUUAAUAUUUCUUCCAAAUCAAAUUGUUUGGAUACAAUAAUGUCUUCCCUUUUAUUAAGCAAAUGUUUGUAUUGGUCCUUAUUACAGGGUCAACAGGAGAGCAAACAACAAUAUGAACUAUUGUUAAAUCUAUCUUCUAAAUCACGUUUAGAAAAUAACUUAAAUUACUGCCAAUCUUUGCUCAGCCAAUUCUUUAAAUUAAAACAUAUUAAUUUACCUCUUAAUGAAAUUGCUCAACAAUUGAAAAUGAAUCAAUUAAAUGUGGACUAUAGUGAUACAGUGUUAGUACAAGGUAUAGAGGAAUUGGUAAAAUGUUUACAGUCCCAAACCACUUCAAUAGCAGAUGCCUUAGAAUUGGGUUCAGCCUGUUGUUCGGAAGUCAUACAACUGCAAAGAAGCCAAGGGAAAGAGGAUAAUAGUUCCUCUUUCCCUGAUUCCAUAACAAAUCUGCUUUUAACCAUGGCGGAUUGGUUAACCAUACAUCGUUUGAAUAAUACCAACCUAACAAGUGGUCAACAAUUUCAAAAAUUACAACAACAAUUACCCGAAAUAGCCUGCUGUGCUCAUUCGGACAGCGCAAAAGCAAAUGUAUUACCUUCCUCGGAAUAUGCUGUUGGUAAACUUUUAAAUGCCAGUAUUCUGUGUAAACAGAAUUUAGGAGAGGCUUGGUUUUCCUAUGGUAAUUGGUGCUAUCGUUGGGGUAAAAAACUUAUGGAAACCAAAAGUACCGAACAAUCUUCAUCAGUUUCUGUGAAUGAUCUAAAAGAUCUUAAACUUACCAAACGUAAUGUGACCUCUAUCCAAGAUAUACUAAAAGAUAAAUUUGAUGCUGAUUCCAUACAGCAAAUUAUAGAUGUUCUAAAUAAUCACAUUUUAAAUGCUAUGAAUUAUGACAAUACCGAAGAUUUGGAUUCGAAUACAACAGAGAAUACUACUGAAAUUUUGGAAUCGGAAUUGAAAAAUGUUUGUUCUCUUAAUGUGGAACAAUUAAAUGGUAUUCUCUCGAUUUGGCGUCAAGCUCAAAAGGGUGUUUAUGGUUUUUACGAAGAAGCAACGAGAGCAUAUUUCAAAUAUUUGGCCAUAGAAAGUGAGAGUGUAGCCAAAAAGUCGGAUGUUGCUAGUUCAGACAAUAAUGAAGUGGAGGAUUGUACUUUCGUCACAACAACUUUGAGACUGCUGCGUUUGAUUGUUAAGCAUGCUAUUGGUCUGCAGGAUGUUCUUGAGGAAGGUUUACGCAACACUCCCCUAAGACCUUGGAAGGUGAUUGUACCACAAUUAUUCAGUAGACUCAAUCAUCAUGAACCCUACGUAAGGCAAAGUCUUGCAGAAUUAUUAUGUCGUUUGGCAGUCAAUCAGCCUCAACUCAUCAUAUUCCCAGCAGUAGUAGGUGCUCAACAAGAACUUAAACAUCGUAAUAAUGCUGACACGCAAGUACAGUUAAGCAAUUGCUUUGGAACUCUACUCAAUUCUUUAGCCGAACAAGCACCCAAAACUGUAUUACAAGUACAACUAUUAGUAAAAGAACUAAGACGCAUCACUCUACUAUGGGAUGAAUAUUGGAUACACAGCUUGUCUCAACUAUAUGCAGAAUAUUCCCCACUCUACAAUGCACUUGAUGCUGAAGCGAAAAAAUCCAAUAACUCUGAACUAAUGCAAGCUAAAUAUGAAGUUUUCAGACAACAUUUGCUGUCGGACUUUAAACAAAUCACUGCUAUAACCGAAAAAGAACCAGAAACUAAUUAUGAACGCAGUUUUCAAGAACGUUUUGGUAGCUAUAUUGAUGCAGUAUUAAAGGAUCUAGAGAAGAAUAAAGAGGACAGCAAACCGUCAGAAUAUUGGCAGAAAAUUAAACAACUUUAUAAUAUAUUCCAGCAGAGACCUUUAAGAGGCAAUUCCUCCACAUUACGUAUAUCCGAAAUUAGUCCUGUUUUAGCCAAUAUGCAUAAUACCACUAUAGCUAUGCCUGGCGUAGAUACAUAUGAACAACCAGCGGUUUAUAUAAAAUCUGUAGAUGCAACGGCACUUAUAUUUAUAUCCACCAAAACUAAACCUAAAAAACUUUCCUUUUAUGGCAGUAAUGGUCAACGUUAUACGUAUCUCUUUAAGGGACAAGAAGAUUUACACUUGGAUGAACGUAUUAUGCAAUUUUUAUCCAUAUCCAAUUCCAUGAUGGCACGUUCUUAUGGCUCGAAAGCAAAAACAGAUUGUUUCAAAGCCAAUCAUUAUUCGGUUAUACCUUUAGGCUCACGUUCGGGUCUUAUAAGAUGGGUGGACAAUUGCUCACCUCUCUUUGCUAUUUACAAGAAAUGGCAACAACGUGAUGCUUUACUUAAGCAGCAGCAAAAGGAACGUCAAUCUUCGGCUAAAGGACAAGAACACAUACAACAAAGCCCCGUGACGGCCAAUGCUACUAGGCCAUCUGAAUUGUUUUACAAUAAAUUAACACCUCUUCUAGCGGAAUGCAAUCUUAAAGUUACCGAUCCUCGUAGACAAUGGCCGAUUAGUGUUUUGAAACGUGUUCUCAAAGAACUUUCCAAUGAAACACCUAAAGACUUAUUAUCCAAGGAAAUUUGGUGUUAUUCUGCUAAUGCUGUCGAAUGGCGUAAAUCUGUACGUCGCUAUUCUAUGUCAUUGGCUGUUAUGUCUAUUAUCGGUUAUGUCAUUGGUUUGGGUGAUCGUCAUUUGGAUAAUGUUCUUAUUAAAUUGGCUACUGGAGAAAUUUUACAUAUCGAUUAUAGUGUUUGUUUCGAGAAAGGUAAAACUUUGCGUGUUCCAGAGCGUGUACCCUUCCGUAUGACUCAAAAUCUUAAGGAUGCUUUAGGAUUGGUGGGAACUGAGGGUGCUUUUCGUUUGGCCUGUACGCAUGUUUUAAAAAUACUGCGUAAAGAACGUGAAACACUACUGACCUUAUUGGAGGCAUUUGUAUAUGAUCCCUUGGUGGAUUGGACAAUAAGUGAUGAUGGUACAACCACAGUUUCAAGAAGAACAACGGCGCAUAGUGCAGCAAAUAUUAUAGCAUCAUUGGAUGCCAAUACAACGGCCCAACAUUUAAGUCCUAAGAGUCUGUGCAAUAAUAAAAAACAGGAAGUGGAUCUAUCAAGGCAAACUAUGGCCUUAAGAAUAACGGAAAUUAAGCCUACCUGGAUGAAAUAUAAGAAUGACUUCGAUGUCCAACUAAAUGAAUUGGACUUACAUCUUCAAAAUAUUUUAGACCAUCGUAAAAAUAUUUUGCAAUUAGAACAGGAACGUGACAACUUUACCAAACAACAAGCAAUGGUUAGAGAAUUAGAAGCUCUGGGCUCAGCACAAACCAGUCAUGCCUUCAUCCAACGUUAUAAUGUCUACAAACAUGAUCUGGAGAACUAUAAUAAAAUCAAGCUUAUGGUACAGAAAACUAGCAAUGAACUUGAUUUACUGCUCUUAACCUAUUUUAAUAUCAUAACAAAUCCCGAGGCAAUGCAUAACAUAGAAGUAAAUCCUAAAGGAAAUGAUAUAGUAGAUCAUAAUGAAAGUGAAUUUGAUAUUAUUAAAGAUUUGCUAAUCGAUAACAAUUGGAAUAAUGUGUAUGUGCAGGCAAAGUUUAAUAGACAUGAAAUGGAAAAUACCUUUAUACAAACUCAACGUUCAGCUUUAGAAUGUCGUGAUCUAUUAACAUUUUACAGUCGUGUUAUGCAAUUUUAUCCACGUUCUCAGUUGCAAAAUUAUCGUUUGAUGAAGUACAAGAGAAAUUUUGCUAAUCUCAUGGCAACCGAGGAGAAAUCAAAUGAUGCUGGGUCAGUAGAGUGUAAUAUAGAACAUUGCUGUCAGUAUUUCGAGUGCAUGAAAAUGAUAUCGAUUGAUUUGCAAAAUAACAUAGUGCAGGCGAAACAAAUUUUGGAUGAACAUAAACAGCAACCGAUCAUUGACAGUUCGCUUGCUUUAAAUGCCAUCAAUGAAUUUGUAUCACUUAAUCCUUCCUACAACAGCCAAAUUCUUAUAAUAUGUAUGCUGCGUCAUAUACUGCAAGCAUCACAAGUUUUCCAUCACCAUGAGCAAAGUCUUAAACAAAAUCGUGAUUACUUUUUGCCAAAUAAACAACAUAGUUUCCUGCAAUUAAUCAACACCUUUAUCAGCUCAAUAUAUACCACCUACAAUAAUCCACUGCCCAACAAUGAAAUCCUACAUUUGCUUAUAACUUCUCUAGAAGCAAUUUGUUUCCUCAGAGAAACUAUGGAAUCUGUGAUUGGUAAACUAUUUAGUAUGUUCAUGAUGGAUGACAAUAUAGAACUGCAAGAGGUUUUAAACAAUUUUGAGAGUAAUAUGAAUAAUGAAGACAUGGAAAAACAUGCACAAUUAAAUAACAUUUUAAAGAAUAUUGAUGCAGCGGUAGAAAAAUUGGAAAUUUCACUAAAAAUUUUGCAAGAUAAAAUCUUAUACAUACAGAAAGUCGCACCUAAUGACUUGCUAGAGUUAUCAACUUGGAACAUCAAUAUCAGCAACUUUGCACAAAAACUAAGCACUGAUUUGAAAAUCACUUUAGUGGGAAAUCUAAGGCAUAGCAUUGAGUCAUUUAAAUCGAACGAUAUCAAUAAUAUUUAUGAUAUACGUAAAAUACGUUAUGCCCUUGAUGACCUAGUGUUUGCCAUACAAUCUACACUCUUUGAAGGUUUAUUAUCAUACGCCAUUCAAAACAUAAAUCACAAUAUAACAAGCACUCUAAUACCACUGGAAACAGUUAAUGAAAUUGAUUUAUCAAAUGCCGAUCUAUUGUGUGGAAAUCUAUAUGUGGCUUUACAACAUGAAUCACUAAUAUUAAGUGAUGAUUUUGUGGUAAUACAUCAUUCUAAAUUGCUGGAAGAAUACCAAUUGAUAACCACCGCUUAUUAUUGGUUAAAUGAAUCACACUUGAAGGAGUUGAACGAUGUACAUGCAUUUAUUACCAGCAAGCAUGAAUUUUUAACUAGACUUCAUAAAAUCUAUCAAGUUUUGGUGGUUUGGAAGUCGACAAUGUUAAAAAUUCAAGCUGAUUUGGAAUUGCAUCGUCACUCUUUUAAAGACUUGAUACAAUCGUUAACAUCUAGUGAUGAUUUGAUUGUGAAACAGCAGCAAUUUGAUGAUGCCAUUAACAUUAUCAAUCAGCGUUAUCAAUUCUUUUUGAAUUUGUGCAUUAGUUUGUCCGAAUAUUCUGCUGUACUCUUGCAAUUUGAAAUGUGUUCAGAUGAACAAUCAUUUGAGAAUUUACUAAAGCUAUUUGCUGAUGUAAGGCAGCAAUGGCUGCAAAGUGAAUCGUCCAUUACCGUAGUGGAACGUAAUUUGGUGCAGCUUUUAGAUCCGGAGGAUAAAAUCGAUCAAUAUUGGAUAGAAAAUGUUUCGGGUUUAUUGGAUGAAAUGAUCUAUGGUGUUCAAAAGAAAAUUAGUGAUAUGGAGAAGGAAGAUCAAACAAUGCAAAAUAUUUUGGUAGCUGAUGGUCAACAAAUGCAGCCCCUUUUGAAUUCCACAUUACGACUGGAUUUACGCCAACUAUUAAAAAUGUUAACAAAACUGUGCAAACAAACCAACAAAACUGAUAGUGAAGAACUAUGCCAAGAUCUGAGAGAUAUACAACAGUCAUUAAAACUGCUACAUGCAAAACUAAAUGAAUUACAAACACAAUUGUUUUCCAGACUAUUCGAUUCAACAGCAAUACAACAAAUGCAAGAAAAAAUCAAGGACUUACAUGUUUUAUGCCAUAGAAAUAAUGAAGAUUUAAAUAAAUUAUUAACACGUUUUAUGCAAAUGGAUGCGGAACGUGAACAACAAGGCAGUGCAGAAUCACCUAUAAAAACAGCAUCACAAAAUGAUCUCGCUAAUAAAGAGGUUAUCAACAGUCAAGUGGGCGAACAGAAACGUAAUGCUUAUGCCGUUUCCGUUUGGAAACGUAUACGCAUGAAAUUGGAGGGAAGAGAUCCCGAUCAUAAUCGCCGCAGCUCUGUUGCCGAACAGGUGGACUUUGUAAUACGCGAAGCUACUAGUGAAGAAAAUCUAGCUUCUUUAUAUGAAGGUUGGACUCCUUGGGUGUAGUUUGUUACGGGCAACAGCUCCCCCCGGCAAGGAGCAUGGUUAAGGCUUUUGCAAACAAAUUAAAUCAUAUUAAAUAGAAUUUUAAAACCAAAAUGAUUCUCAGAACCACAACAACAUGCAACAUCAAAUAAAUAUUAAUCUACAAACAAAAAAGACCGGUUAUUAGAACGACAACCAUUCUAGGUUUUGUUUUGCAUUGCAGGUUAAAUAUGUAACAUCUAGACAACCGAACCUUUUAGUUGUCACUCAGUCAGUCAGACAGUCAGCCAGUAGUAAUUUUUAAAACAAAACUUCGACUCGCUUUGCAUUCGUUAUGGAAAGAGACGGCGUAGAGAAAGUUAUUGAUGAAAAUGGAAUGAUGAAUAAUCAAGUGUUAGCAGGCAUGAAAGGCGACGUUGUGAUGUUGCUGUGUUUUGGUUGUGGACAUAAUUUUUGGUGUAUGUGUGUGUGGUUGGACAGUGAAGUAUGCCUCUUAAUUUCUUUUAUUAACUACCGAGUGUUUUUCAACAGUUUACUAUUUAAAAUAUAUAUAGAAAAAGUUAUGUAAUUUUGUUUUCCCUUUAAUAACUCUAAAAAAAUAUCUAAACAACUUUGCAAAGAAUAUUGAAUAUUUUUGGUUAGUUAUUUUCUUUUUUAUGU